AUGGACUUGUUCGCCGCGGCGCGGCGCGGCGCGGUACCCGCCCUUCGGUCGCUCCUCCGCCCCGAGGCGGAGUGCGACGCGGACUUGCGCGACGACUGGGGCCAGACGGCUCUCAUGCUUGCCGCCGAGGCGGGACGAACGGAUUGCGUCGCUCUGCUGCUCGCGGCGGGCGCAGACGUGGGCGCGCAGGAUGCCGAGUCGGGCUAUACGGCGCUGCAUCGCGCGCUGCUCCGCGGCCAGAUCGCUGCGGCCGCCAUGCUCGUCCGCGUCGGCGGCGCGAGCGUCGACUCGCCUCUCGACCACGAGGGCCUCUCUCCGCUGGCGCUGUGCGAGCUGGCGCACGGGCCGGCGGAGUCGGCGGAGGCGACGCUCGCGGGCGACGUUUACACCUGGGGCCAGGCGGGCGGGCUGCCGCUCGGCCGGCCCGCCGCCACGGGGUCGCACGAGGCGCGGCCUGCGCGCGCAAAACUUCCCGCGCCGCCGUCGUCGCUCGAGGAGGGGGCGCUGACGGCGGCGGCGGCGGCGCGCGGGGAGACGGCCGACCCGCGCGGCGUCGUGGCGGCGGGGCUUGACCACUCGCUCGCG